AUGGAGAACUUUCUUAGGUCAAAAAAUCUGUGGAGUCUUGUUAAAGAUGGAGUUGAACAACCAGAAAGAGCGGAUGUUUUUGAUCGACAACAACAUACGAAGUUUGAAGAAACCCAGACAAAAGAUUACAAGUUAAAACAUUACUUGUUUUUAGCGCUAGACAGGGCUACAUUUGAGCAGGUGUUAGACAGAAGCUCUGCGAAAUCCAUAUGGGUAUCCCUUAAAGGUAAAUAUGGAGGAAAUGAAAGAGUGAAAAAGUCUCUCUUGAAUACACUUAGAAGAGAAUUCGAGAUCUUGGAAAUAAAGCAUGGUGAAGCCAUUAAAGACUAUUUCUCAAAGAUUUUGGGCAAUGCUAAUAGGAUGCGUAGCAAUGGAGACCAGGUUGCAGACUCUAUCAUUUUUGAAAAAAAAUUUCUGAAAGCUAAAGAAGAAGAACAAGUCUUAAGAGCGGAUGUGAGCAGCAGAAGUAGAGGAAGAUCCACAUAUAGAAGAAGAGGUAGAGGCAGGGGAAGACCAUAUGAUCGGGUCUCAGUCGAAUGCUGCAAUUGUCAUCAACUAGGACACUAUCGAUCAGAAUGCCCCAAGUGGCAAGAGAAGAUUAAUUACGCAAAAAAGGAGAAGGAAGAAAUCUUGUUGAUGGCUUUAGUAGAAUCAAAGGAAAUGCAAAGAAGUGGAAUGUGGUAUAUAGACUAUGGAUGUUCUAACCACAUGUGUGGUGAAAAAAAGGUGGUUUGA